CAAUUUUCCUUGAAUGCUGAUUUUGCAACAUUUUCCGGGGUAUGUUUUCUGUAACACAAAGGUAUUUGGACGCUGCGCCUCUCCAAUUGAAGUUCGGCUUAGCAGCUUCCAAGUGUAAUGCUACCAAUAGCCAGUGCAAGGCAUAUCUCAGUGCAAUUAUUAUCUACCUUUAUACUAAUGACUACAAGCAAGCAGAGAUGUGUUAUAAUGACUGCUCUCAGAUUGAUGCUUUUUGCAAAAGUGACCAGAAUCGCUGUGCUAGCAAUCUCCUUGCUGCAUACUCAGAUGGAGACAUUGAAGAAAUCAAACGUAUCGCCCAAUCGAGCAGCAUUUCAAAUCUUGACCACUCGAUGAUUAGGCUAGCAAGGAAACUGCCAACAGGAGAUGUGAGUGCAUUGAAGGGUAACACUGCCAGACAGGAAGACCAGCCUCUAGAUGAAAAUGACCUCACUUAACAAUUCUCCGGGCCACAUUUCUUUUAUUAAUUUUUCGUUUCUGACGUACCAUAAGAAUAUUUUGAUCUUAAGAACAAUGAAACUUAAAAAGAGGAUUGGUGCACCAAGUGUACCAAGUGUUCAAUCUUAUUCAAUGUAAAGGUGACAAAAAUUGUGAAUGCUAUGCUUUAUAAACAUGUCUUGGUA